GAAACCCCAAGCCCAGUAGACAGGAUUGGUAAUAACACCCCACACAUCCAGUGGGCCAUAACAGUGGUAAGCUAAGAAAAACUAGAAAAAUUAACGGCCCACACAUCACAUCAUGGGCAUUUGAAUCGGCAAUGCUGCUAAGUGAUGGCAUCGUUGUCUUUAGCCUUCAAUCUCUGUGAUCAUAACUGUCUUUGCAAUCCUCCGACUCUGUCUCGUUGUUGCUUCCCUCUUGGCCUCCAAUCCUUCAUGCUCCCUGACCCAACAGCUGUGCACAACAUGGUAGCAGCACCACCAAUUGCACCAGCACCAUUGCCAUGAAUAUCCAACAGUAAAAUCUCACUAAAACCAUGGCCUCUUGAGUCCCGUGGUUAUUUAAGCACUGAAAUACUUGAACUUGUAUUUGGUGACUAAGGCAAAAAGUAAUACACCGAGUAUCUGCCUGAUCGAGGCAAGUAGAACGGGGAAUCUUUGUUAUGCAACAGAAACAGAAAGCAGGAGAGAAGGGUGAAGGAAGAGACCACUAUUGAAGCUGGGAGAAUCGUAAGUAGAAUUAUGGGGAGAAAAUUUGGGAAAGAAAAUAAGCUUCUAAGUGCAGAGGAACUCAUUUAGGGAUUAGGGUAGAUUUCAGUUUGAGUUCUUGCUAUUGAGUGUGGGAGAAGAUUUUGAAUUUAUAACAAUAGCAAUGUACAACAUACACUUCCCUCCACAUUGUUUCAAAGUUGUAGGAAUUCUAAUGAUGUAUUUGGUUUUCACUGAUGCUUACGCAAAAUUUUGCAUGAGAAGGCUAAAUCACUUGAUAAGAAAAUCUGGAAAUUUCG